AUCACAGCAGACAAUGCCAGCAACAAUGACACAACAUGCAAAACAAUCAAACAGAUUCUCCAUCGCCAGCAUAUCUACUCCUUCAAUGCUAUGGAACACUGUCUUCUCUGCCUUGCCCAUGUCCUCAAUCUUGCCAUUGUUGUGUUCAUGUCUGAUAUCACAUGGAUUGAUAGUAUCAAAACUAUGGUGGCAAUCUGGGAAUUUGAUCCCACCCUUUUCAACAAUUGUUUACUGGGGGGCUUGUUAGAUGUUGUUGCAGCUGUACGAACACUCGCUAUCAAGGUACAUUCAACGUUGAUGGUAUGA